AUGGCCGGGCCCUCAACUCCUUCAGAGCCUGACUACUACGAUCUCCUCGGCAUUAGUCCUGUGGCGACCGAGUCCGAGAUCCGCCGCGCCUACCGCAAAACCUCCAUCCUCUACCACCCCGACAAAGUCGAGCCCACACCGGCCAACCUCGACAAAUUCCACCUCCUUCAAAUCGCCCUCAAUGUGCUCACGACGCCCGACGAGAAGACCAAAUAUGAUCAGACGCGCGAAGCCAAACUCCGCCGCGCGGCCGAGCACGCGAAGCUGGAGGCCAACAGGCAGAGGCUGAAGGAGGAUUUGGAGCAGGCCGAGGCGGCAGCGGCAACAAGCGGUGUAUCUGUCGGUAUGGGUCGUGCGCCUAAACGGAGCUGGACGGAGAGGGAAGUCAAGAUUGCAAACAUCAAGGAGGAGAACAGGCGGCGAAUGGCGGAGAUUAAGGCGCGGAGGGCGCAGGAUGCGGAGGAGGCGAGGGGGAGGUUAGAGAGAGAUCAAAGGGAGAGAGAAGAGAAGGAGGAGAAAGAACGGCGGGAGCAGAAUGGAGACCGCGACGACGAUGCAGAUGGUGGGAACGAGGCCAUGGAUCGCUCGGUCAAACUGAGGUGGGUGAAAGAGGGCGAGGGCUUGGAGAUCGAUCAAGACAGCAUACAAGAUGAGUUUGCGGUGGGAGAAGUGGAGAGUGUUGUAAUGUUGAAAGACAAGAGGAGGCGGCUCGAGGGAAGGAAGGAAAAGGCUACCAUGGGCACCGCUGUGGUGGUCUUUGCGACCCUGGCAGCCGCGCGCAAGGCGGUUCGGAGAGGUCCGUGGGAUGGUAUUGAGAGCGUGAAUUGGGCAAAGGAGAAAGAGGCACCGACUUGA